AUGGCAUCCGCUCGCUCUCUGAUGCGCUUGGGCUCUGGACACCCCGUAGCUUCGGCUGCGAAGUCUAUGGCCCCUCGCGCCUUUUCCUCGUCUGCCCUGCAGUUCGCUGCGAAGGCCUCUACACACCCGGCCGGAGAGCCGGAAAACAUGCGCCAGGCGCAACGGCCUCCUUCCGGACCCCUCCGUGCCCCCGUCAUCAACCCGGUCGACAAGUACGCCGACAAGGCCGACAGCCUGCACACCUAUGGACAGUACAUUAUGUCCUGUCUGCCCAAAUAUGUCCAGCAGUUCACAGUCUGGAAGGAUGAGCUCACCGUCUACACUGCCCCCGCCGGUGUCGUUCCCCUCAUGAGCUUCCUCAAGUACCACACCGCGGCCGAGUUCACCCAGGUCUCCGAUAUCACUGCUGUUGACUUCCCCACCCGUGACCAGCGUUUCGAGGUCGUGUACAACCUUCUCAGUGUCCGCUACAACUCUCGCAUUCGCGUCAAGACCUACGCCGACGAGGCCACCCCGGUUCCCAGUGUGACUGGUCUGUUCGAGGGUGCAUUGUGGUACGAGCGUGAGGUCUACGAUAUGUUCGGUGUUUUCUUCUCCGGCCACCCCGAUCUGCGCCGAAUCAUGACCGACUACGGCUUCGACGGCCACCCGCUCCGCAAGGACUUCCCCUUGACCGGUUACACCGAGCUGCGUUAUGAUGAGGAGAAGAAGCGCAUUGUUAUUGAGCCCCUUGAGCUUACCCAAGCUUUCCGCAACUUCGAGAGCGGUUCUACGUCAUGGGAGCCUGUUGGUCCUGGCACGAACCGUACACCCGACUCGUUCAAGUUCCCUACUCCCAAGCCGGAGCCCAAGGAGGAGGAAAAGAAAUAG